CCAUCGCAUUGGUCUGCCAGGGCAAUUGCAUGGACGGCUGUCCUGCAGUAUAGGGAUCCAGCAAAAAGUCUGAUGGAGAUCAUCUAGAACCUGAACCGUGCCGCUGAGCCGUCGGCCCGUCAGUCGUCGGCCGCAGCUGCGCAGGGCCGCUAGGCUGCUGCCCUGAACCAGGUACCGCGGGCAGCGGCUGUCCCGGUCACCGCGAGCGGCGGACGGCGACGGCAGGACUGGACAGCGUGUGUCCCGGUCACCGCGAGCGGCGGGCGGCGACGGCAGGAGCAGACAGCGUGUGUCCCGGUCACCACGAGCGGCGGACAGCGACGGCAGGACUGGACAUCGUGUGUCCCGGUCACCGCGAGCGGCAUGGCGAUGCCGGAGGGCGGCGACGCCGACAACACGCGGGUGAUGGGCCAGGCGUGGCGGCUGGCCGCCUGCCUGGCCUCUUACCGGCUCGAACCGCUCGUGUUCGCCUACGCGCUAUCCGUCACCCUCAUCAUGGCGACGUCACAGAAUCUCAUCAUGGACCGUGUGUGCACAGUCAACCUAGAAUUCAACUCCAGCAUAUGCGCCAAUAUUACAAAUCAUCAGUACCUGGCCCAGGAAAAUGAUGUUCAGCGACUAGCCAACAAAUUCGUUCUCUAUAGAAGCCUGAUCGAGGUGCUGCCGAGCGUGCUGUUCACGCUCUUCAUGGGCUCCUGGAGCGACUGCCACGGCCGCAAGCUGCCGCUCCUGCUGCCCAUCGCCGGCUCGAUUCUCACCUGCGGCGUGUACAUCGCGUUUUCGGUUGUGAAGAACAUACCAGCGCAGUACCUGCUGUUCGCCAGCAUACCACAAGCGCUGACCGGCGGCACCACGGUGUUCCUGAUGGCGUCCUUCAGCUACCUGAGCGACAUCACCGGACAGCGGGAUCGGACGGCCCGGCUGGGCGUACUGGAUGUGUGUUUCCUGGCGCCGUUGGCCGUCGGCUUUGUGACGUCUGGCGCCGCCGUGCAGCGCGUCGGGUACGUGCCGCUGUACUGCGCGUCCGGCGGUCUGAUGCUGCUGGUGCUGCUGUACGGCGCGCUGCUGGUGCCCGAGUCACGCUCGCCCCAGCAGCUGGCCUUGUCUGCGGCCGCAGCCGGCUCGGUGGUGAGCAAGCGGAACGUGCGGCGGAUCGUGCACACGUGCUUCCGGCGGCGUCACGGCUACAACCGCUCCACCAUCCUGCUGGCCAUGCUCGGCUUCAUCGCACACGAGAUGACGCUGAACGGCGAGUCGAGCAUCACUUCUUCCGUACGUGAAGCGAGUGCUGGACUGGGACUACCAGACAACCUGGUCGUGCUGCCCGUGCUCAGCUAA